AUCGGGGCUUUAUCCUUUCUUUUACUGUCAUCUGGAACGCCCCUUUUUGCUCGACACAAGCUCCGGAGCUUCGCUUCAGAUGUCACAUCACUACAUGAAGCGUGCCUCGAAAUCGCCCAUCACUAACAAAAUGAGUGACGACAAUACCAUAAAAACCAGACUGCUUCAGCAGGAGUGCCACUUUACGUGGUCUUUAAGAGAAGAAGACUUUUUUGUCACUGAUUUACUGAAUCGUCUGGAUGAACAGAUUCAAUUGGAAUCCGGUGAGGCAAGAGUUACACGAGCUUACAACAGUUUAGGAUUUGUUCAUUAUAUUCACGACAACCUGCAGGAAGUGCUCAAAAAUCUGCAGAAAUCUGUGCAGCUCGCAAAUGAGUACUACGAAGAAAAAAGUGAUUCAUAUCUUAUUGUUACCUAUGGAAAUCUUGCUUGGUUACACUAUUACAUGAAAGAAUUCUCCACAUGUGAAGACUACUUGAGAUUGUUAGAGAGGAUUCACGAAACAUCUUCUGAAGAUCUCGCCUAUAGCAUUUCUCUAGAGGUGCUCCGAGAAAAGGGUUGGGCGUUUCUCAAAUUCUGUCGAAAAUACUACAAUGGUGCUAAGGAGUGCUUCAGACAAGCCCUUGAAAGAAACCCACAUGACAGUGAUUUGAACGCAGGUUAUGCUAUUGCAUUGUAUCGCACAACUGAGACCCCUGACUUUCUGUUAAUUCAACAACUCCAAAGAGCUAUAAAGCUUAAUCCAGAUGAUGCCGUUUUACUUGUGCUGCUCGCCCUGAGAAUGCUCCAAGUCACAGAUGAUGAAAAAGCAUCUCAAACUCAAUUGGAGUUGGUGAUUUCUGCCUUGUUAAAGUCUCGUGAAAACUCUCAUGUUUUGAGAUACGCUGCACAGUUUUUCCGCCAAUUGGGAACUAUGGAUGUCGCCAUUCGUCUUCUUGAAGAAGCAUUGAAGAAUACACCAGAUUCAGCCUUUUUACACCAUCAACUGGCCAGGUGUUAUAUCAAUAAAAAUCUAACACUGAAAAUGAAAAAAGCUGAGUGUGAUGAAAAGGUUCUGAACAGAAGUAUCUAUCAUCUGGAAAGGGCAAUCGCAUUGAAGCCCUCAUUCAUCGUUGCUUUGGCAGAUUUGGCUCUACAGUAUGGACUAAAAGGUAGUUUCCCAAAAGCUGAGAAAAAGUUUGAAGAAGCGUUCGAAUCAGCCAAUAUUAAAAAGGAUCAAAAGGAUCUGCAGAUGGUUUAUUGUUUAUUUGGCCAAUACCAGCUCAUCUGCCAUCACUCUGAGGAAAAAGCCAUUUACAAUUUCAUGCAGGGUCUGAGGCUUCAGCCCCAAACAUCAGAGGGCGAGUUGUGUGAGAGUAACCUGAGAAAGAUUGCUGAAGAUCAUAUCAAAAACACCCAAAACCCAGAGGACAUAAAUGCGAGUGGAAUAUAUGGAUUCAUUCAUGAAGUGAAAGGAGAAAAACAACAAGCUGCUAAAUACUAUGAGAGAGCUCUGAAGUUUGGAUAUGCUGAUUGUAAAAGCAUUUGGCUCACAGAGAGGAGGAUUUGGCUCCUGAGUUUCAACGAAGCAGGAAAGUCCAUUUUAAAUCUCAUAUUUGAUGGAGGGAGUUAUGAAGAAGGACUUUGUUCUAGUGGUAAGCUGAAGAGUGUCAAAGGCACAGUAGCCAAGAAAAAUGUGAACCUGUUUGAGAUUGACGUCUUCAAUGUCAAGAGAAUCCUUAGAUGGGAAAGAAUGGCUCUCAAUCCUGGACCUCAUGCAGUAGUACUUGCCUAUAUGUUUGAGCAUGGGCAAUUCACAGAGGAAACUGAAAAGAUCCUUAAGGAUUUAGAGUUUCUUGGAGAAGAAUUCUGGAAUCGUGUUACAGUCGUAUUUACAGUGGAAGAUGGUACUGAGAGUGAAGACCAUGAAGAUCAAGAAAGAGUAAGAGUAUUAGAGUGGCUUGCAGAUAAAUGUGGAAGGAGAUACAUCACUUGCAAAUACUUAGAAAGCAUUCAAGGACCGUUUUCUGAACAGAUUCUGGAUAUGAUUGGGGGGGAAAAUUCAAUGCACCUGCUGUUACCACAGAUGUCAGAUGGAGAUUCUCAAUGUCUCUCAGAAGACUUAAUAGGGAUGGAGAUAAAAGAUGAUGAUUUGGUUACUCCUGAGAUAAUCGUUCAGGAGGGACAAACUGUAUACAGGAUAUCAUGCAGGAAUGCAGGUUGGUUCCACUGUAAGUUUACACGGCUUGGAUUCAACAUGAAAGGAGAAGGGGAGUUACUGUACAGUACUGUUCUUCCAGAAAGUGGCACUCCAAUUCCCGCUAACUGUUACCCAGCAGGUCCUCUGUAUGACAUCAAAUGUGUUCAGGGUGAACUUUGCCAACUCGGACUUCCUCACUGCGAGAUCUCAAUUGAGGAUGCAAUCCAUUCAAUGUCAGUUAUUCAUUAUUCCGGUGACACUGUUGAGGUUCUCAAACCCCAGAACAUCACAAGCACACAUGUGACUGUAAACAUCACUGGUACGUCAAAAUUCUGGAUGGUCAAAGCAAUAAACUGGUUUAAGGAAAAGAUCAGAGGACACGUGAUGCUAUUCUACCUUCAACCAACACACAAGCUGCAUGUGUUUCUACAACCUCACAUUGUGGAUCCUAAAAAAGUGGCUGCUUGUAAUGCAAACUAUGAAUUAAUCCAAACGACCUGUGAAUGUGACCUUAAAUUUAACUGUACAUACAGCAUGACCUGUGAUUCUCUAGAGGAACAUGGGCCAUCAGUAACUUCAAUAAAGAUACAACCACAGAAUUCAAAAUUCUGCUGCACUUUUAAAGAGAGAGCUCAUUACUUUCCAACAUUUGAAAUAUUUCUGCCAAAUGAUGUGAAGAAAGUGAAGUUAUUCCUAAAAAAGGAAAAACCAGAUCCUGAAAACGUCAAAGUUGUGUGGAAUUGUGAAAUUCCCCUAGAAGAAUAUGUAACAAACAAAUCGAGCUCCUCAACAGAUGAGCAAUGUGAAUCCUUUUUGAAAAACAACAGAUGUGAGAUCAUCCAAAACGUGGUAAAUGUUGAUGCCAUUUUGGAUGGGUUUGCUGAUGUUAUUCAUCCAGAAAAACUCAAUUCAAUCAGAGCAUUAACAACAUCUCAGGAAAAAACGAGGGCCAUUCUUAACUUUUUAGACGUGAGACCUGCACUCAAACAAACAUUUUUCACUUUGCUUAAGAACAAUGAGAAAGAUCUUGUGGAAGAUCUGAUGUUUAAUAAGUAAAACUUCAGUUAAGACAACUAAUACUCUUUAUGUAAGGAAAAUUCUCAAAUAAACAGAGAAGUUAUCAGAGCAGAAACUGAUUCUUAAAUACAGAAACUUCUGUACAUUUGCUUAUGUUUUAUUAUGCACUAUUGUCAUCACUGAGUAUAUCAUAACGUCAUAAAAGAUUGCCUUCAUUGCAGUAAACAAAAUUUAUAAAAAUGCAAAUAGUUGUUUUUACAUUUUCAUGUAACAAAAGUACUACAAAAUAACUGGCCAUAUCAAUAUUAACUACCACUAUAUAGAAAUGUUGUAUUAAAGCAAUGUUAUACUGUCUGAUGUUCAUUACAACAGCAAUAUUAAUGUGAUAUUUAUAAUUUUCGUUAUUGUAUUUUUUUGUGUUUUUUUUAAUUUUACUGUUGUAUUUUUACUUGCCAUAUUUCAAAAAAAAAAUACCGAAUGAUUUUAACAGAGAGGGAAUGUCCCUGUCUUUCAGGUAAACAGAAAUCCUUUAUAGGAUCACAACUUUUAUUAUAGGAACUUUUUAAGCAGUGGAUUUAAAAGACAGGAAGUUCAAGCCAAGGUCUUGGUUAGAGUUCAUGGAGUUUAAAAACCGCCAAGACCUUAUAACAUUAUGUAAAGGGCUCAAUUUUUUUCAAUUUUUUCUAAAUAAAAACGACUAUUCAGAGCUGUGAUGCAAAGGAGCCAUGUAUGUUGAAAGAGCUUAAAACUAAGAUCUGCCUUAAUCUAUGUACUCUGUUGUUUUUUUUUAUAUUAGGUUUGAAUGGAAAGAUUCUUUGCAUUUUGGUAUUUCUUUGUGCCUUGUACUUAACAGGCCACCUGUUAAGGGUUUUUUCUGCCUAUGGCCCGACAUAUUGGGCUCCAGCUCUCCUGGAA